AGUCGGACGGGCGGGUGCCGGUCGGAACUCGGGCCGUGUGGGCUGGGAGAUCCGAAGCGCUUGGUUCCCCCCCGGGCCGGAGCGGGGGCAGGUGGGGGCGCAGGCCCGGGGGAUGCUGGGCUCGGUGAAGAUGGAGGCUCAUGACCUGGCGGAGUGGAGCUACUACCCGGAGGCGGGCGAGGUUUACUCUCCAGUGACCCCAGUGCCCACCAUGGCCCCCCUCAACUCCUACAUGACCCUGAACCCUCUGAGCUCUCCCUACUCCCCUGGGGGGCUCCCUGCCUCCCCGCUGCCCUCAGGACCCCUGGCGCCCCCAGCCCCCACAGCGCCCCUGGGCCCUGCCUUCCCAGGCCUGGGCGCCAGCAGUGGCGGAGGCAGCAGCUCAGGGUAUGGGGGCCCGGGCCCGGGGCUGGUGCAUGGGAAGGAGAUGCCAAAAGGGUACCGGCGGUCCCUGGCACACGCCAAGCCGCCCUAUUCCUACAUCUCGCUCAUCACCAUGGCCAUCCAGCAGGCGCCAGGCAAGAUGCUAACCCUGAGCGAGAUCUACCAGUGGAUCAUGGACCUCUUCCCCUACUACCGCGAGAACCAGCAGCGCUGGCAGAACUCCAUCCGCCACUCGCUGUCCUUCAACGACUGCUUCAUCAAGGUGGCCCGCUCCCCAGACAAGCCAGGCAAGGGCUCCUACUGGGCCCUGCACCCCAGCUCAGGGAACAUGUUUGAGAAUGGCUGCUACCUGCGCCGCCAGAAGCGUUUCAAGCUGGAGGAGAAGGUGAAGAAAGGAGGCGGCGGGACCUCCACGCCCAGGAACAGUGCAGGAUCUGCCGCCUCGACCGCCACCCCAGCUGCCACCGCCACCGCCACCGUCACCUCGCCUCCGCCCCAGCCUCAGCCCCAGCCUCCACCCCCCGAGCCUGAGGCCCAGGGUGGGGAAGAUGUGGGUGCUCUAGACUGUGGCUCACCGCCUUCCUCCACACCCUAUUUCACCGGCCUGGAGCUCCCAGGGGAGCUGAAGCUGGAUGCUCCCUACAACUUCAACCACCCUUUCUCCAUCAACAACCUGAUGUCGGAACAGACACCAGCACCCCCCAAACUGGACGUGGGGUUUGGGGGCUACGGGGUGGAGGGUGGGGAGCCUGGGGUCUACUACCAGGGCCUGUAUUCCCGCUCUGUGCUUAACGCAUCCUAGCAGGGAGGUCGGGAGCGUGGCGGGUGGGGUAUGGCUGGCGCUCACACCAUCUGGCUGUUGGGGCCUGAUUCUCCUGGUGACACUUUGUUUGUCCCUGCCAGUUAACAUCUUGGUUGGGCUAUUACUGUGGUGACUGCCGCUUCUGUGGGCAUCAUGGCGGUCCGUUGGGUACUGUGAUAACUGCCUUGGACGUCUGGGUGGGCCAACAGCUACUGUGAAGACUGCCAUGUUGAUUGAUAUUGGUUGACCCACUGGGUGCCCUGAUGGCCGCUGUAGAGGAUGACGUCUUGGGUGGCCCUUUGGACACGGAUGGACAUCCUCUUGGCCGAUCCUUUGGUUGCAAGGGUGAUGCUGUUUCAGUUGCAUCUUCUUUGGAGCACUGGGUGCUAUGAUCACUUUCUUUGGGUGGAUUUCUUGGCCUCGUGGGCGCCAAGUCAGCCACUGUCCCGCGUAACAUCUGUUUCGGUCCCCUGGGUGCCGUGGUGGCCGCCAUAUUGGCUGGCUGACAUAAUCGCCGACCCAUCGUGCACCGCGGCCUCCUGCGCUGGCCGUGCCGUCACUGUCUCUCGGGUGUGAGUUGAGCGAGGGAUGGAGAUGAGAAUGUUCCUUGGUUCCCUCUGGAGCCCAUUCCCCGCUCUGGUUCAGGAGAAACCAGAAAGGACUGUUCGGGGUGGGGGUUUCUACUGAAGUCUGGGUCUUGCCUGGGAAGUGGGGUACUGGCUGUGUUUGAACAUUAAAGGCACCAUU